AUGUCCGCCUUCACAGCCGAGCACAAGAGUCAUAGCUUCGAGGGCAGUCUGAUGCCCUGGGCGGAACCUUCAUGGCACACAAGACCCUCACCAUACUACAACGACUCCCACCGCCAUCUCCGGGAUGUGAUCCGCAAAUGGGUCGUCGACAACGUCGACACCGAGACCUGGGAGGCCGCCGGCGAAGUCCCCCGCUCCAUCUACCACAAAUGCGCCGCCGACGGGCUUCUCGUGCCCAUUAGUUUUGGCCGCAAGAUUCCGGCUGAGUACGCCAAUUACCCGAUUAUUGGCGGGAUUAAGGCGGAAGACUGGGAUGGGUUUCAUGAUUUUGUGCUUUGGGAUGAGCUGUAUCGCGGUGGAGCGAUUAGUUCGAUCUUUGUUGGGUUGACUGUUGGGGCGCCGCCUCUGAGAGAGUAUGCGAGUCCGGAGUUGAAGGCGGAGAUUUUGCCACAGAUUUUGAAUGGAGAGAAGAGAAUUUGUCUUGCUAUUACAGAGCCGUCGGCCGGUAGCGAUGUACGGAAUAUUACGACAACCGCGGAGAAGGACGGCGAUGUCUACGUGGUCAAUGGCGAGAAGAAGUGGAUUACGAACGGCAUCUUUAGCGACUACUUCAUGACGGCGGUCCGCACUGGCGGCUCAGGAGCAGGCGGCAUCUCAAUGCUCCUAAUCAAUCGCCAUCUGCCCGGCAUCAAAUGCCGCAAAAUCGAAAUCGGCGCAGGCAAGCUCAGCGCCACAACCUACAUCACCUUCGAAGACGUCCGCGUACCCGCGAAGUACCUCAUCGGCCAGGAGAACGCCGGCUUCCGCCUCAUCAUGAGCAAUUUUAACCAUGAACGCCUCUGGAUCGUCUUCCAAGCGCUCCGCGGCGCUAGGACGUGCCUGGAAGAUGCGAUGAAAUGGGCACAGAAGCGAGAGGUGUUCGGGACGGUGUUGAUUGAACAGCCGGUGGUGAGGCAUAAGUUCGGUCUCUGUGCGAAAAAAGUCGAGGGACUGCAGGCCUGGACGGAGCAGGUGGUUUAUGAGCUUGAUCAGUUGAGUGAGGCAGAGGGGAAUCGGUUGCUAGGCGGUGUGACUGCUUUGCUGAAGGUCGAGGCUGGGAUGGUGGGGAAGUUUGUUGCAGACGAAUGUGUGAAGAUCAUGGGAGGGCUUGGCUUAACGAAGACCGGCCAAGGCUCAAGAAUCGAGGCCAUCUCGAGAGGUGUCAUUGGGUUGAUCGUGCCGGGCGGCUCAGAAGAUGUGAUGAUCGAUCUAGGUGUUCGAGAGGCGCUGAAGUUGAGUCGGGCACAGCAGAAGGCGGCGGCGAAGCUAUGA